AUUCCAUGAAUCAAUCCUCUGCAAUUACUGAGAUUUUCUUCCAAACUAAUAUAUUUUAUUCUCAACAAAUACUACAUUGUCUAGAGAGUCUGGAAGCCAUACGUAGUAUUUCGAUCUCCUUCCUUCUCCCACACAAUGGAGGAUGAUAUGCAAAAUAAAGUCCAACCACACGUAGUUCUUCUUUCCAGUCCUGGUUUGGGCCACCUCAUCCCCGUUAUCGAGCUCGCCAAGCGCUUCCUCCUUCACCACAACUUCAAAGCCACCAUCCUUGCCGUCACAACCCAAACCUCUGAAGCUGAACGUGAGGUCCUCAGAUCAUCCUCCUGCGAUGUCAUUGAGAUACCAGUGCCGGACCUUCCCACCCUCACUACUGAAGUUGUUGUCUUCACUCGCCUCUGUCUGGCAAUGCGUGCUACUGUGCCUGCCAUCCGAUCAGCGCUCUUGAACAUGCCUCUCCGUCCCUCCGCUUUCAUUGUCGAUCUUUUUGGGACAGAUUCCUUGCCGCUCGCUGCAGAACUCAAUAUACCGAAAUUCUUCUAUGUGGCCUCACACGCUUGGUUCCUGUCAUUGGUUGUAUAUUCCCCUGUGCUGGACAAGCUUAUCGAAGGAUCAUAUGUUGAUCAUGGAGAACCGCUUCAAAUCCCAGGGUCCAGCCCGGUUCGACUAGAAGACAUCCUUGACUCGAUGUUGGACCGCAACGACAUGCAGUACAAAGAGUAUCUAUCCAUAGGGAACGGAAUCACAAGAAGCGAUGCGGUUUUGGUCAAUACUUGGGAGGAGCUUCAGCCUAGAGACCUCAAGGCAUUGAGGGACAAUGACUUAAUGGGUCAGGUCCUCAAGGUCCCAGUGUACGCGGUGGGACCCAUUGUGAGGGAACCCGUUUUGGAAACGAGUUCGGUUUUGCAGUGGCUGGACAAACAGCCAAGGGAGUCAGUGGUUUACGUGUCAUUCGGAAGUGGAGGUACAGUGUCGUAUGAGCAGAUGCGAGAGAUAGCUUUUGGUUUGGAGAUGAGCAAGCAGAGGUUUGUUUGGGUGGUGCGCACACCCUCAGAAGGAGUUACAAACGCAGCAUAUUUCACAACGGGGGGAAGUAGUUAUGAUUGGGAUGGUGUGUUGCCAGAAGGGUUUUUUGAGAGGACUCGGGAAGUGGGGUUGUUGGUCCCACAAUGGGCCCCACAGGUAAUGGUGUUGAGGCACUCUUCGGUUGGUGGGUUCUUGUCGCACUGCGGAUGGGGUUCGACACUGGAGAGCAUCACGAGUGGCGUGCCUUUGAUCGCAUGGCCAUUGUACGCAGAGCAGAAGAUGAACGCGACAAUGCUUACGGAGGAGCUGGGUGUGGCAGUGCGUACAAAGGUUUUGCCCACGAAGAAGGUGGUAGGGAGGGAAGAGAUCGCGUGCAUGGUGAGAGAAGUUAUUCAGUUGCGUGACGGGAGGAGUAGUGUCAUGAUGGAGAAAGUGAAAGAGAUCAAGCAUAGCGCUGAAAAAGCUUUGUCACCUGGUGGCUCCUCCGAUACUGCGUUGUCUCAAGUAGCAAAAAUGAUCAAAGGUUGA